AUGUAUGCUUGCUGCUCUACAGUGACUUUGGAGCAGGAACUCAACAGGAAAAUGCAUAUCUGGAUGGUGCAAACCAUCGCCUUUGCUUUAACAUCACUAGUCCUGACAUGGGCAGAGAGCAUUGAGUAUUAUGGCGAGAUCUGUGACAACAAAUGCCCUUGUGAGGAGAAGGAUGGCAUCUUGACAGUGAGCUGUGAGAACCGGGGGAUCAUCCACCUCUCUGAGAUCAGCCCUCCCAAAUUCUCCAUUUACCAUCUCCUGCUGUCUGGGAACCUCCUCAAUAGGCUCUACCCCAAUCAGUUUGUCAAUUACAGCGGGGCUUCAAUUUUGCACCUAGGGGGGAAUGACAUCCAAGACAUUGAAACUGGAGCCUUUCAUGGGCUGAAGGGCUUAAGGAGGCUGCAUUUGAAUAACAACAAGCUAGAGGUGCUGAGGGAUGACACUUUCAUGGGCCUGGAAAGUUUGGAGUAUCUCCAGGUUGAUUACAACUAUGUCAGUGCUAUUGAGCCAAACACCUUCAGCCAGCUGCACCUGCUGCAGGUACUUAUCCUGAACGACAACCUCCUUGCUUCUUUGCCCAACAAUCUGUUCAGAUUUGUGCCCUUGACUCACCUGGAUCUGAGGGGAAACCGGCUGAAACUGCUACCCUACCUGGGCCUCCUGCAGCAUAUGGAUAAGGUUGUGGAGCUGCAGCUGGAGGACAACCCAUGGAACUGUUCCUGUGAGCUGAUUGCACUCAAGGAUUGGUUGGACAGCAUCUCCUAUUCAGCCCUAGUGGGGGAUGUGGUUUGUGAGACCCCUUUCCGUCUGCAUGGGAGGGAUUUGGAUGAAGUGUCUAAGCAGGAGCUUUGCCCUCGGAGACUCAUCUCUGAUUAUGAGAUGAGACCCCAGACUCCUCUGAGCACCACAGGGUAUUUUCACACAACUCCGGCUUCGGUCAAUUCUGUGGCUACUUCUUCCUCAGCUGUUUACAAACCACCCCUGAAACCCAAGGGGACCCGCCAACCCAAUAAGUCCAGGGUUCAUCCUACCCCCCGCUUAACCUCCAAGGAUCUGGGAUACAGCAACUAUGGCCCCAGCAUUGCUUACCAGACCAAAUCCCCGGUGCCUUUGGAGUGUCCGACAGCUUGUACUUGCAACCUUCAGAUCUCUGAUUUGGGUCUCAAUGUCAACUGCCAGGAGAGGAAGAUUGAGAGCAUCGCAGAGCUCCAGCCUAAGCCGUACAACCCCAAGAAGAUGUAUUUAACUGAGAACUACAUUGCCUUGGUGCGCAGAUCAGAUUUCCUGGAUGCUACUGGAUUGGAUUUGCUCCACCUGGGCAAUAACCGCAUUUCAGUCAUUCAGGACCGGGCCUUUGGGGAUCUAACUAACUUGCGGAGGCUCUAUCUGAAUGGAAACCGGAUUGAGAAACUGAAUCCAGAGCUUUUUUAUGGGCUUCAAAGUUUGCAAUAUCUCUUCCUCCAAUACAAUGUGAUCCGGGAGAUUGAGGCCAACACUUUCGAUCCAGUGCCCAAUUUACAGCUCUUGUUUCUCAACAACAACCUUCUGAGAUCUUUACCGGUGGGCAUCUUUUCUGGCUUAACUCUCUACAGGUUGAACCUGAGGAGCAACCAUUUCUCCUACCUUCCUGUGAGUGGGGUGCUUGACCAACUGAAAUCUCUGCUUCAAAUAGAUCUUCAUGAGAACCCAUGGGAUUGUACUUGCGAUGUGGUGGGCAUGAAGCUAUGGCUUGAACAACUGAACACGGGAGUCCUUGUGGACCAGGUAAUCUGUGAAUCCCCUAAGAAAUUUGCUGAGAAUUACAUGAGGAACAUCAAAGCAGAACUGCUUUGUCCAGACUACUCUGACAUUAUUGUUUCCACACCCACCCCAUCAUCCAUGCAGGGACCAGCAAGGACCACCCCCUUCUCCAGCUCUGGGCAAUUCAAUAGCACCUUGGAGGAGGACGACUCAGCAUCACGUUCUGGUGGCUCUUCUUCCUCCUCCUCUUCUUCCACGGUGCCUUUGUCGGUGCUGAUCCUCAGCCUGCUGCUUGUGUUCAUCAUGUCUGUGUUUGUGGCUGCAGGCCUCUUUGUGCUGGUCAUGAAGCGUAGGAAGAAGGUCCAAGGGGACCAUGCCAGUACCAACAACUCAGAUGUGAGCUCCUUCAACAUGCAGUACAGUGUAUACACAGGAGGAGGAGCCCCUCAUUCUCAUCCCCAUGCCCAUCACCAGCAGCAUCCACAGCAUCUUCACCGCGGAGGAGGAGGAGGAGGCAGUGGUCCAGCUUUGCCCAAGGUGAAAACCCCUGCAGGACACGUCUAUGAAUACAUCCCUCAUCCUUUAGGUCACAUGUGCAAGAACCCCAUCUACCGCUCCAGGGAGGGCAAUGCGGGUGAGGAUUACAAAGACCUCCAUGAGCUCAAGGUGACCUACAGCAACCACCACCUCCAGCCCCAGCCCCAUCCACCCCCACAGGCCUUGGGGCAACCCCCUGCAGCCCCAGGGGGGCAAGAGGAGACACUCCGGAGCCCCACAUACAGUGUGAGCACCAUUGAGCCUCGGGACGAGUUGCUUUCCUCUGUUCAGGAUGCUGAUCGUUUUUACAGGGGCAUUUUGGAGCCCGACAAACACUCUUCCACUAUGGGGGGCAGUAACCUUCCUGAGUACCCUAAGUUCCCCCCAACCACUUACACAUAUUCCCCUAAUUAUGACCUUAGGCGCCCCCCUCAUCCCUACUUGCAUCCCGGCCCGGGGGACAGUCGGCCCCGGGAGACAGUGCUUUAUACACCCCCAAGUACUGUUUAUGUAGAGCCCAACAGGAAUGAAUAUCUGGAGCUAAAAGCAAAGUUAAACGCAGAGCCGGACUACCUCGAAGUAUUGGAAAAACAGACCACAUUCAGUCAGUUCUGA